AUGCGGCCGGGCGCGCCGCCGUCGGCUCAUUCGCGGCAGCGUCCCGAGGCGAAGGAAUCAGCUCCAGAUUGUGCGUCCAGUGGUGCAGCAGAGCCAACCAAGAAGCAGGAGAAGAGGAAAAGAGCCUCUGCUGAAUUGGGUGUGGUGGACAAGGAAUCUGCAUCUGCUGAAUGGCGGCGAGAAAUUGAUGCACUGUAUGAAUAUUACAAGAAGGUUUCUGGUCGUAAGCUGAAUCCAGAGGAGCUUUCGUGCACCACAAAUGACUCGGUUAUAGCAUGCUUGCUGGAGGAGAGCAGUCUUUCUUGUGCCAAGUUAACAGAUGAAAUCUACAAGAGGAUGAAGUUGCAAGAUGGUGUCACCGAGUCUUCAGUGCGCACCUCAGUACUCAACAUUGGUAGGAGAUCUUCGUAUGGGAUUUCUGCUAUGGAUGUCGAUGAUCUGGAGGAUGAGUCGGAUUCAAGCCUUUGGUGUUGGGAGAUGCCUAUGGGACAGACACAAGAUUUGGCAUUAUUACCCUUCCAUCUACAUAGUAGUUUGAGCAUUCGACGCAAAGCUCGGAAGUUAAUCCAUAAAAGGAUUCUGAUUCUUUUGGGCAAGCUGGCUGCCAAAGAUGCCAGUAAUGCUCGUAGCAACCAGAACAGCCUUAUGGAAAAUGCUGGGGAAGUUCUAGAUCUGGAUGAGAUUCGCUCUAUCGUUGAGUCAAAACACAAGAAUGAUGCUGACAUGUACUUAUCUUACUUCAUCUACAUAAUUCAAAAUUUUGAAACUACUCACACAUCUACAACAUCACAGCAACGGGAACUUAGGCAUAUGAAUGAAAAAACUGAGAGGGAAGCAAAACGUAUCGAGAGAGAAAAUAAGCGGCUAAAGAAGCAUCAGGAAGAAGAGAGGGCAAAGAAGAAGAAAGAGAAGGAAGAGGCUGAGUUGAAAAGGAAGGCUUCCAUUCAAAAGCAAGCAAACCUCAUGGAACGUUUUCUUAAAAGAAAGGCGAAUAGCAACACGGAAAGUUCUGGUAGUCACCACUUGGAGAGGACUAACUGCUCAAAAUCAUCAGGAAACAUUGAAGAACUUGCUGUUGCAGCUACAUCAGGUAUGGAUUGUACCUUGUCUAAAGAAAGUCAUUUGAGCAUGGAGGAACUCCGGAUGAUACAUGUUGUGAAAUGGAGGAAACUCUAUCAACAUAACAGAUUGUGCCAUUGGGGUGUUAGGAGAUGUCCUAAAAUUCAGUUGUUUCCUGAGCUAAGGCUACAAAAGUCCUCUGCAGCUAUAACUUCUGAUAGUAUGUCGACUCCAACAAAAGAACAGUCAUCUCAGAAGAGCACAGGAAGCCUUGAUAUCACCAAACUUCUGGAUGAACUAGAGGUAUCAUCUCGUUCUCAGAAUAGUAUAUCGUCUUCAGUUUUGCUUGUGAAGAAGCUUCUGCAGUUUGAUAAAAGUUCUAGGCCAGCAUACUAUGGUACCUGGAGAAAGAAGAGUUCUACAGUUAGUGCAAGGCAACCCUUUCAGAGGGAUGAGGAACUCAAUUACGAUGUCGAGAGUGAUGAAGAAUGGGAAGAGGACGAUCCUGAUGAUCCUGGUGAAAGAUUAUCCGAUUUUGAGGAAGAUGAUGAGAAAACUAUGAAUGGACAUGAUUCCAUGAUUGAUGCAGAAGAGGAAGCUGAGAACAGUUUUGUAGUGCCCAAUGACUAUCUUUCAGAUGAUGAGGGCAUGCAAUGUGAGCCUGUAUGUAUCAAAUUUGAUGAAAUCAGUACCAUGCUGAGCAUCCCUGGGGUUACAGUUGAGGAACUUAAUGCUCUACUGCAAAGGCAGAAAGCUCUUCAUAUCAUCACAGAACAUGCUCUCAAAAUAGACAGACCUCUAGUCAUAUCCAACCUAGAUCAUAGGAAACUUGACCUGCUGAAUGCUGAAGAUAUCACUGGAAUGUUGAAGCUGGAGAAAAUCUGUUUGCAAGCUCUUUGCAUGAAGAAAUACCCUGGCAGCCCCAUCAUUGAUGUGCCUGUGGUUAAUAUGACCAUUGAGGAUGGAUUUUGCCGAUCAAACAAAAAGAGCCCUAGAACACCCGUAUCAUCCAAAGCCAUUUCAGAAUCAGACAUGCCUGAAUUUGCCAAACUUGUUGCAUCAUGCCCUCAAGGGAUAGUCAAAUUGGAGUUGUUACAUGAGACAUUUCCAUAUGUCUCUACGGCACGACUGAAGAACAAAGUUCGGGAGAUAGCUGAGUUUACCAAUAACCGCUGGCAGGUUAAGCAAGAUAUCAAGGAUCGGUACAGUUUAUCUCUUUCUCCAGAUGAAGGUGAAGGCCCGAAAUGUACAGCAUUGUGCUCCUCCCAACAGUGCCAGCCACCCAAUGAAUCGGGUAACACAGGCGAAUCUUCUCCCCAGUGCUCCCUGAAAUCCGAAAUGGUCAGACAACAAUUUGGCGUGCAAGGGUCACAUGGCAGCGCACGGCAUCCUGAUCCUUGA